UGAAAAUACCAAAAGCCCCAAAUCGGGCCUUACUCUCCUGAUAACUUGUCUUCUCCAAAAUCUUCUUCAGGAGAUUCUGUAGAAAACCCUAAAAACACUCUCGGAUCUCGGAGCUUCGUUUUUCAUCCGUCACCAUGAGUACCAUGAAAUUUUGCCGCGAGUGCAACAACAUUCUCUACCCCAAGGAAGACAAGGAACGAAAGGUCCUUCUUUUUGCCUGCCGCAAUUGCGAUCACCAGGAAAUAGCUGACAACAAUUGUGUAUACAGAAAUGAAGUACAUCAUGCAGUUGAAGAACAAACUCAAAUUUUGCAUGAUGUAACUGCAGAUCCAACUUUACCAAGAACAAAAUCUAUUCGUUGUACAUCAUGUGGCCACGGAGAAGCUGUUUUCUUCCAGGCGACUGCUAGGGGAGAAGAAGGUAUGACAUUGUUCUUCGUUUGCUGCAACCCUGACUGUGGCAACCGUUGGAGGGAUUGAUGAGGAAAGGAGGAUAGCUGUGCUUGUUUUGGGAAGGAUGAAGACUUUGAGCUUUUUACUUUCAAACUGCUAGGACGAAAACUUGUUGUGCUAAGUUUAUUUUGAAGAAAAAAAAACACAAUUAUCAGAUGGGCAAUCAAAAAUAUGUUGUUAUCUGUAGAUGGUUAUUUUUCUAUUAUUAUUAUUAUUAUU